UUGAGUACGGUAUCAAAGUUCAAACUGAUGAAAAACAAGUACAUUGCAUGCUAUAAUCACCACCAAAUAAAUAAAUGUCUCAUGCCAGCACAGCAGAUGUUUUCACAGUUGUGUGACCCAGUUUUGUAAUAUUUGGAUGGGGAGUUGAUCGGUGACGUAAGACGAGAAUUUACCCCCCAAUCUCCUACGGACUGGGGUCUCAGUGCAGAAGUAACCGGGCAGGUGAGCUGAGACCAAGAUGAAGAAGUUUGUGGCAUUUUCCCUCUGUCUGGUCCUCUUGACCAUCUACACAGCAGAUGCAAACCCAAUCAUCAAGGAGAGCUAUGCUAAGCAACUUCUGCGGACCAAGAGGCAGAAGCCUGGCCACCCCGAUGAGCCAAUGAGGGAGCACUUGCUCCACAUGCAGGUUCUGGAUCAGAGGGCCCAGGAGACCAACCUGGAACACUGGCUGAACCCCCACUGCUACCCCCGCUGUGACAGGAACUACGGACACCCCGUCUAACCCCCAGUGACCUCGCCUUGACUCCUCUCAGCCCAGGAGAACAACUUUUUUUCUGUGUGGCGGAGGGCGCUGACGGCAAGAAUGAUGUCGACGACAAUGAUGAUGAUGACUAUGAUAAUGAUAUGAGUGUGAAGCUAGGAGUAUAACUCUAUCACGUGCAUUUCAUGAUGAAGCCUCAGCAGGGAACAUUAGUGGCCAUCAGUAGAGAUGUCCAUAGCUUAUUCCAGCAACAUUAGCGUAUAGGAAACGUAUUAAAUGAUGUUAACAUCAUAGAGGAUACAUGAUCAGUUUAUAUGUAGAUACAGUUAUGAGAAAUUAUACAUUGUAUUAUGUAAAACAAUGUUUAAAAAAAACAAUGAUUGAAUAAAUAAUCUAAUCAAAUAAAAGAAAAUGCUCUAAA